AGAGCGGGAGCGCGCACUAACUCACGCACGCACGCACGCAGAGAGCGCAGCUGAAGCGCGCGGAGGUCCAGAGCUGCACUCGCGCGCGGGAGUUGAGUAUGAGCUACAGCGCAGAGUGAGAGCACGGAGGCGCGCGCCGGGCGGACACGAUGGACGCGCGGCGCUGGACACUGCUGUGGGCAGCGGUGGCAGUAGUGUGUGGCUCUAAGCUGGAGAGGGCAGUGGAGGAGGUCUGUGACUCUGGACAGUACACCAUCAGCGGGGAGUGCUGUAUAGAGUGUCCACCGGGGGAGGGGGUCAUCCAAAAGUGCGGAGCUACGCAAACAGUGUGCGGCCAGUGCCUUGACAGCGAGACGUAUUCCGACACCUACAGUCACACGGAGAUGUGUCUCCCGUGCACGGAGUGCGUUGGACUGAUGCGAAUGCAGACCCCCUGCACCGACUCCAACGAUGCCGUCUGCGUGUGCGACUACAACUACUACCAGGACCAGACGACGGGCCGCUGUGAGCUGUGCACGGUGUGCCCGCGUGGCCAGGGCGUGUACGCGCGCUGCGAGGCCACCCACGACACGAUAUGCGAGGUGUGCGAGGAGGACACCUACUCAAACCUGGAGAGCUCGCUGGACCCCUGUCUGCCCUGCACCAUCUGCGACGAAACCACAGAGAUCCAGCUGAAGGAGUGUUCUCCUACUGCCGAUGCUGUGUGUUACGAUCCAUCAGCCCCCACUCCGACUCCCACCACUGCUCAGGACCCCUCAUCUUCCUCCUGGGAUGAGGACGGUGGGCUGCAGAGAGGCCCAGAUGAAGAGACCACCACAGCCAAGCCCAGCUCACCCCACUUCAUCGGCAGCGGCUUCGACGUGAACCUCAUCCCCAUCUACUGCUCCAUACUGCCCCCUGUACUGGUGGGCCUGCUGGCCUACAUCGUCUACAAAAGGUGGAACAGCUGCAAACAGAAUAAGCAGGCGGCCAACAACCGCGCAGCCACGGCCAAUCAGACGCCUUCUCCAGAGGGAGAGAAACUCCACAGCGACAGCGGCAUCUCAGUGGACAGCCAGAGCCUUCAGGAGCAGCAGCAACAGCAACAACAGCAGCAGCAACAGCAGCAGCAGCAGCAGCAACAGCAGCAGACUCAUACACAGCUUCACGUACCUGAACAGAUCGUGGUGAGGGUGGAUGGGGGUCCUCAGCCUGACCCUUCUCCACCACAGGCCUGAGGGACGAGUGAAGGGACGACAUCGUCAAGCGGAGGAAAGAGAAAGAAGAAGAAGUGAGAAGGAAGACAAUGAAGGAGCAGGAAGAGCAAGAAGGACUGUGGGAAGUGUGAGAUUUUACUGGUCGUUCACGAACUGGUUCCGUUGAACCGUUGGCCAGUCUGUGAGACCAGACUGCACCAGACCUGUUAAGCUCCAGCGGCACCCAGUAUGGACAUCACAUAGAUGCUCUGGAUCAUCUGGGCUUAAAGAAACCACUUGCUCCAAAACCACUUCUGCAUAAUUACCGCCGCGUUAGCCGCAAACGUCAAGGUCGAGGCCUUCACGAGGCCUCCUCCCAGCUCAGAUCACACCCGUAGCUGAAGUCUGAGGUGACCGUUUGAUCUGAAUUACGCUUCAGACGCUUUACACUCUUCACUUUUCACGACACCUGAGCUCCUUUGAUGUUCCAGAUGACGAGAGCCAGGCAUCUGAGGGUAUCGUUUAUUCUGCACCACCAACCAAAUCUAAAUGGCCUUAUAGCAUUCCUUAAUGUCUAUUAUAGAGCUUUGAAGAUGUAUAGUCCGCCAUACAUUUAUGUAUGUAUGUAUUAAACCAUGUGUUCAUGUUUUCCAAUAACAAAGUAACCAAUCAAAGUAUCAAUCAAUCAGUGCACCAGGCCAUCCUUGUGGACACUUACUGGACAAGUAUAGCACUAACACAAAACAGCAGAAGCAGCAACAGCCCCUCUCGGAUGUAUGAACUGUAAAGAUCCUUGAAGGUGUUGAUCCUUGAAGCGAAAUUGUUGAAGUAGCAAUCACACCUUUAGAAUCCUGCUAAACUUCCUAAUACCCGAUUCCUGAUGAACUUCUUUCUUCUAGACCUGGCUCUGGAGACUCUCUUGAGAAUAAGAGACAAUGCAAUGCCUCAAAUCAAUAGAAAAACAAUCCAUGCUAUCCUUCCUCA